GAUAUAUUUUCAUGAUGUACUGCAAGACAUGGGUCCGAGAUUUCGUCAGAAAUUGUGGUGUUGGCCCACAACAUGGACAUUUUCGUCCGUCCCAGGUACUACCUCUCUUCCACCUCCCCUCCUCCCCUGUCGAUCUCGGCGGUCCUCAGUCCUCUUCACUGUCCUCCUUCUGACAUGGAUUCCAAGAAUUGUCCCAUUCGAGAAUGACUCAUCUUGGUUCGUGACGUCACUGUGUGCGUGGAAUCUUCUGGAAGAACCCGGUGUACGAACCCGAUACGCGCCCGGCCAACCUCGUCGUAACAGACUCAGACCAAAACAUUGAAGUAAGCAAGCUCCCUGAACCCACUGACGGAGGCUAUGGAGAAUUUGUCGGGCGUUGAGCAGAACUUGGAAAUCCCCAGGCUAGAUCUCGAGGCUGGAGCGCGCAGCGAGAGCGUGUGCGAGCGCGAAGGUAACUAAACAAACGGACAGACCGGGGCAGACGGACGGACGGAGCUACGGGCUCUGGUGAUUUCAGGUCUCUCGGCUCGAGUGCUCGAUUUCCGACAUUCCAGAAGAUCGAAUGAACUCGCAGAAGUCUGAAUAUCACUUCUCCUGUUAUAUUACAAUCACACCGACAUUUGUCAAGUCAGUUCUUUAGCAGAAACUGAACGUGAAUCAUCCGAGUCCACUUCAAUUUGCCAGGCCAGGAAGGAAGACUAACUCAUAUCAUAUCAUCCAUCCUUCACUGCAUCUCUGACUCUAUUUGGUGUUGUUGUUGUGCCUUUGUUUGCUAUGAAACCUAACUUGUGCCUCAUGCCUUCCAUGAGUAGUGCACUCGUUCAUCCACAAGGAGUGGCUACCACUCCCACCAACACUUUGACACCGACCACAUUGCGCAACAUUACGCAGAUCUUGGAAAGUGAAGAAUGCCUCAAAAACAUUCACGAGUUUGAAACCACCGGAGGAUUUCAACCCCCAGUUGUCUCUGAAUUCGACAUCCCGUCCACCAUCCCCGAUCUCCAUGAGAUCCGCAAGGACUCCUCCGAGGCCCACAUUGAUCCAUCGAUUCCAUCUUCAACCGGACCCAUCAGCACCAUCACGUAUGUGAAUUUAGAUAGCAAGUCCUGGCACGGAGGCACCACCACCAUUGUGACACCCAGCCAAGUGAUCCCUCAUAUUGUGGGCGGACUCAAGCACGAGGAGGACGACGAUCGAUCCUCUUUGACGCCAUCCGAUUCAGACGACGAGUGGCGACCCGAAUCCAUUUCCAGGGACAUGAAGCCCACUACCCGCCGAUCCUCACGCUCCAUGGCGUCCACCGCCAUGAGCGCCAAUGCUAAUCUAAAAAGAAAAGCGAAUCGCAAUGGGGGUCGUAAACCUGCCAAACGAGCCAAAUCCCAGGACAAUAUGAACCCGGAGGAGUCCGAGCGAGUUCGUGUCCGCCGAUUGCGGAACAAGGAAGCCGCAGCACGUUGCCGCAAACGCCGCAUGGAUCUGAUUGAUCAAUUAUCCGAGGAAGUUGAAGGGUUGCAAAGCAAGAGACGAGCUCUCGAAAAGGAAAUCCAGCAACUCAAGGGAGACAAAGAUGAACUAAAGUACAUUUUGGAGACUCACCAACAGACCUGUUCCUUGCACAUUCCAUCCAGUACCUCAACCAACAUUUUGUCCAUCUCAGGCGCACCAUCGCAACCACGGACUUCAUCCAAUGUAGUAGUGGCCGUUAAGAGCGAGCCUUGUGUCACUGAGUCUGCCCAGGACUUGCCCGACCUCUUCACCACCAUAAAUAACGCCCCUCUCCAUGAAGGCGCCACUGAGACCCAUGCUGUCCCAUUCAAACCCAAGAGACCUGCUACCCUCUCUUUGGAUGUCUCCAAAAACAAAGAGGUCCACGGGGUGAUGAUCGAAACUCCGUCGAGCAUUAUCACUACAUUGGGUUUUGAGAAUGUUACCACUGGUUUCACACCCAACUGCCCGAUGGUGUCGAGCAUUACCACGUCCUUGUUCACACCUACACUCAAUACGCCCACCAAUUGCUCAUCACAGCAACGAUCUUCAUCCGGCAUGGAAAUGGCCAAUAACGGAGAAUUCUUAUUAUUGUAAAGGCUUUUCAAGUGAUUGCUUGAAACCAUAGUCAACUAUCUGCUAUGUUCAAAGAAUCUAUUCCAAAGAUAUGCUGUUUUAUAAGUAAAUUAUAUAACUGGUUCCCAUAUUUCGAACAUAAAUACAUACGCUACGUGAAAACAUU